AUGAGCGGCGCUGUUUCGUGUUUUUUACAGGUUCUGAAAAUUUGGAGGGAAUUUUUAAACCCCAUGUUAGUCAGGCUGCUUUGGAUCUAAUGCAACGGCGGAGAGUCCAUGCUCAGGCAUGUACAUGUAUGAGAUGGGCGGUCGUUGCUCCUGUAGUUGUUAUUUAUUAUAUCAUCUUUCUUCUACCCAUCGCCACUAUGCAGGACGCAAAUGAUGGCCCGGCGGAGACCGUGCUCGAGCGGCUGAUUG